AUGGAAUUCGCAACGGAGGCCAACCCUACUUCACCUUCACCUCCGUUGCAAAAAUCUAAGGUUAGGGUUUCGUCACUGCACAUUCCAAGUCUGCAUCGAUUCCAAUUCACUCCUCUCAUCAUCUUCCUCGUCCUCAUCCUCAAAUUCUCCACAGCAACCUCAAUUUCAUCUCCAUCUUCCCAAAUCCCAUACGCCAAAUACUGCAACCACGUCGUUCCUGCGUCGGCGCCGACUGUGAAACUCGGCGACUAUGCACAGCCCGAAAUACGCACUGCCUACUUCGCCGGCGGCGGCAGAAUUCUAGGUCAACAAAACCUCCAAUCCAUCCCCAAUUCUCCGAAAUCCCUAUCUUUUCAUACCUGGAACAUCUAUCGAACGGAAGCAGAUCGGAUUUUCAAGUUAGAAGCGUCUCUGACUCUUCGUGGUCCAAGAUUUUUCGGUCUUCUGGGGAAUUCGACGCACCGGAAACUGCGUCUCGUCCAUUACCGGCCGCCGAGAAUUCCAGUGCGGAGAAGCGAAGCGCAGUUUAUGCUAUCCGGAUUUUGGUCCUCAGCAUCGGGACGGAUUUGUAUGGUUGGUUCAGGUUUGAAUUACUUAGCAUCUCAUAAUGUUGUUCUCAUGCUUAAUUAUCCGAAUUCAUCAACUAUUACUACUGCUUUGGUUAAUGGAACAUUACAAAGUUUGGAUACUAGUGACGGUUCGAACUAUUUUGAACCGAUCUCAAUAUUGGGUGUGUCAAUGAUGAACUAUCAAUACACAUUAAUAGAUAAAGAAAUUGGGAAUGGAGGUUUUAGUGCAUAUGAUAAGGUGGAGAAUCUAAAUCGUAAUUUUGAAUCGGGGCGUGAUGUUUGUAGGGCGAUCAGGUCAGCUAGUAGAUUAAAUUCAUUCGAAUUGAAUUACAUUAGUGAUUGCGAUACUGUAAAUUGCAAUCCUCUUGGCAGCAGUGCUAGAAUUUUACCUGCGUAUGUGUCCUUCAAUGAAAUUGAGUGUUCUGAUAAUGGGAGAUUUCGGUACUUGCUUGACCUUUCGAACUUGAGCUAUAACUACGUAAGAUAUUUUAGUUUUAAUCCAAAUUUAACAUUGGUUGCUGAGGGAGCUUGGGAUAGAAAGAAGCAGCGACUUGCCUUAGUUGCUUGCCGGAUAUUCAAUUUGACGGAGUCUUUGGUUAAGGGUUCAGUUGGGGAUUGCUCAAUCAGGUUGACCUUGAGUUUACCUGCAACCUUGUCAUUGAGAAACAGGAGUACCAUUGUUGGGCAAAUAUGGAGUAAUGGAAGCACAAAUGACUCGGGUUACUUUGGCAAACUUGUGUUCCAUAGCUCUGCCAAUGGAAAUUUAAAACGUGAAGGUCUGAAAUAUGACUAUACUGAGACUGACAGUGUAAGGAGAUCUUGUAUGAAUAAAAUGACGGGUAAAGGCAAGAGAGGGACAUACCCUGAUGGGUAUUCAUCUGACAUGAGAUUCGAUAUGACAGUGAAAAAUACUAAAGGGCAGAGAGCAUUUGGUUAUUCAUCUCCACUAUCUGUAGGUGAUGAGUUUUAUAGACCCUUUGCAAGGUUCUCAAGUCUAUCUGAGUCUGCAGUUCUAGUUAACAACAGCCAUGGAACUGUGCUAAACAUAAGCUAUGUGAUGAGCUUCACACCUCCAUAUGAUUUCAAGCUGGGAGGUGAUGUUUCUUCAACUAAGCCGGUAGAUAUAUCUGCUGAAGGGAUAUAUGAUGUCAAAACAGGAGUCCUUUGCAUGAUAGGUUGUAGGCAUGUUAGAUUACUUAAUAAGACAUUACGGCAAGAGAAUUCAUUGGACUGUGAAAUUCUUGUUAAUCUGCAGUACUCCCCAUUGAAUGCAAAUGAUGGAAGCCAUGUCAAGGGAACCAUUGAGAGCACCCGAAGUAAGGCAGAUCCACUUUACUUUGAGCGCCUUGAGUUGUUAUCAAAUUCCAUUUACACAAGGCAAGCCAGUGAAUCGAUAUGGAGAAUGGAUCUUGAGAUCACCAUGGUCUUAGUUUCCAACACACUUGCAUGUAUUCUUGUAGGUCUGCAGCUAUUUCAUGUGAAAAAGCACCCAAACAUCCUCCCCUUCAUCUCUGUUGUGAUGCUCAUCGUUCUUACACUGGCGCAUAUGGUUCCUCUACUGUUAAACUUUGAAGCCUUGUUUCUGGCAAACCGUAAUCGACAGAAUGUUUUCAUUGAUAGUGGUGGAUGGCUGGAAGUAAAUGAAGUCCUCGUGAGGGUCAUAACGAUGAUAGCUUUCCUGCUGCAGUUUCGGCUUCUCCAAUUGACAUGGUCUGCAAGAGUUGGUGAUGAAAGCCAUAAAAAGCUGUGGGUUUCUGAUAAAAAGGUUCUUUACUUGUCUUUACCAUUGUACAUUGCAGGCGGGUUAAUAGCUUUCUUUGUGCACCAGUGGAAAUAUUCUCACAAGACCUACCAGCAACGGUUUUUCUGGGGUGACCUCAAGUCUUAUGCUGGUUUGGUCUUGGAUGGUUAUUUGCUCCCUCAGAUAGUGUUCAACCUAUUCUGCGAUUCCAAAGAGAUGGCCCUUGCUGCUCCCUUCUACAUUGGAACCACCAUUGUUCGGUUCUUGCCUCAUGCAUAUGAUCUCUACAGGGCUCAUAGUUCCACCUGGAACCUCUAUAACAUAUAUGCAAACCCGAGAAUGGAUUACUAUUCCACCGCAUGGGAUGUCAUUAUAUGUUGUGGUGGUUUGCUGUGUGCCGUGCUUGUUUACUUUCAGCAGCGUUUUGGCGGCCGCUGCUUUCUUCCCAAGAGAUACAGAGAGAGUUAUGCGUAUGAGAAAGUGCCAGUAGCUACAGGUGAAUAG